GUUUGUUUCCGUAUCGUGCCAAUCUAGUUGUGUGAUCUCAUUCCCAAUAACAAGCCUGUCCUUCUGGAAUCUUGAUUGGUUCCGAUUCUCCUUGUGUAUUAUUACCCAUUUUAAUUCUCAUGGAUAUUGUAGCUCAAAGAUUAUCAGACCUUCGUAGAGGAGGCUCGGAAUCGAAACCAUAAGCACGUACGAAUGUUAGGCAGUAUAUCGAACGAGCAACUUGAGAGAUGUGGUACACCGAGCUAAAUAUGAAGACUUCUUGGCAUCAAAAGCAUAAUUAAUAUUUUGCGAACUCUAGGCUAGCUCUCCGACCUGCUCUCGGAGAGAUCUCAACUUCUGCAAAACCCAGGGGACGGAUAUUUAGGCACAUACAUGUAUCUUGAUUCUCAAAAUGCUUAGAGAAGUAAAACCAAAAAACCCGCGCACUGCACGUAUCCUCAAGGCGCGGGAACCGCAACUCAUCGAGCCGGUCAAACGCACCCUACUACUCCACGGCCCAAAAUGUCCCCAACCUCUGAACCACGUCCUCAAAACCUUCCACGCCCUCACGAAACCUCAUUCAGUCCUUUUCCGUAAGAAAAACGAAAACAUUCACCCAUUCGAGAGUGUAGAGGGUAUAGAAUUCCUCGCUGGGAAAAAUGAAUGCGGCAUCGUUGUCUUCGGCAGCAGCAAUAAGAAGCGUCCCAAUUGCGUGACGCUAGUGCGCAUCUAUAACUCCAAGGUGCUGGAUAUGUGCGAGAUGCUGUUGCUGAGCAGUCAUGGGGACCAGGGAAAUGAGAUGGAGAAGGAGGAGAUGAAGAAGAUGAAGCUGGAUAUUGGAGUUGGGAUGAAGCCGAUGAUGCUAUUUGCGGGCAGUGCGUGGGAGGACGCCACGUCGCCUGUUUAUGGGAUGCUGAAGAGUAUGAUUUUGGAUAUGUUUAAGGGGGAGGAAACGGAUAAGAUCGAUGUGGAAGGUUUGCAGUAUUUACUUUCGGUUACGGCGGAGGAACCUGUGGAAGGAACUCGGCCCGUUAUUCAUUUGAGGUGGUAUAAGAUUCGGACGAAGAAAAGUGGACAAAAACUUCCGCGUGUGGAGCUGGAUGAAGUUGGGCCGAAGUUUGAUUUCAGAAUUGGGAGAGUACGAGAGGCGGACCAGGAUGUCAUGAAGGAAGCUAUGAAACAAGGGAAGAGACCGAAUGAGGAGGCCAAGACGAAAAAGAAUAUCGGUAUGGAUGCUAUUGGUGAUAAGAUUGGUCGGGUCCAUCUUGGUCGCCAGGAUCUUACUGGUUUGCAAACAAGGAAGAUGAAAGGGUUGAAACGGAGAGCCGGUGUUGAUGACGAUGAUGAGGAUGUGGAUAUGAUGGAUGUGGAUGAGGUAGUUGAAGACGAUAAUAGGAAAAAGGCGAAAGUGGGUUUAGGCAAGUAAUGGGAUCCGUGGUUUUCCUUAUUCUUUUUAAUUAUGCGUUAGCAUGGCGUUCUAUAUCUGGGCCUGGCUGGUUUUAAAACGGCAUUUUUGCAAAAUGUGCGGUGUGAAAGUAACAUUAUUUAUAAAAAGUUUUAUUAUUCAGCGAUUAUAUAUUGAAGGGAUGAACAGUUAUAUAAAUACAUAACCCCUUUUUCUAUUCUCCAAUAUAUGAUAUUAAGAAAAGUGUAUA